CAGCGCGUUGCGGCGGGCAGGGCUGAGGCCGCGGCUUGCUGGGCGACGGCGAGUCCUUCUCCGGGGGCCGCUGGGGGCAAGAGGGGCUUCCGGCUGCGAGUGAGGGGAACGAGGGAGGAAACGAUGGUUCCGGCCGGAGCGCGUUUCCCAGCCGGAACGGGACGCGUGGAGCUGGGGAGGUGGCGCGGAGGGGAGCCGGGCGGGAGCGGGCCGGGCCUGAGGGGAGCGGCCGUGACACGAUCGCGUCUGACGGGGCCGGGUCGGGUCUGACGGGAUCGGGGAGCUCCGGGCGCGCAGAGGGGAGCAGCCCGCCGCCCCCCGGCCUCUACGUGAGCGACCGGUAGCGCCCAGCAGCCGGCGGGGUCUGCGCUUCCCCUUCCUCCCGGGGCUUUCCGGGGAGCUGGGAAUGGUGCAGCUGUGCGGCACGCGGCGCCUCGGCCACAGCGCGGCUUAGCGACCAGCGGGUCCCUCUUCUCCUGGUUUUCGCUGCUGCGCUUUUGAAUCUACAAGCCAAAAGACUGGAACUCGGAUUUAGUUGAGUUGUAAAUAAAAGGAUCUUUUACACUGGCAAAAUGGCCGAUAGUCCAAACUGUGAUUUGAAAUCCCUGAGUCCACUUCAGCUGUUUGAAAGAGUAACUGAGCAAGGAGAGAAAGUCAGAGCACUGAAAGCAGGAAAAGCACCAAAGGAUGAAAUAGAUGCAGCAGUGAGGAUGCUGUUAUCAUUAAAGCUGUCAUAUAAAACAACAACGGGACAAGAUUAUCAGGCAGGCUUACCUCCAACAGACCUUGCAUUAAUAAACAAUGGUACAACUAAAGAAGAGGAUGAGGAUUUUGUGGACCCCUGGACAGUGCAGACAUCAAAUGCUAAAGGCGUGGAUUAUGACAAACUCAUAGUUCGGUUUGGCAGCACUAAAAUUGACACGGAUCUGAUCAAUCGAAUAGAAAGAGCUAUUGGGCAAAAACCUCACCGCUUUCUACGUAGAGGAAUCUUUUUUUCUCACAGGGAUAUGGACCAAAUCCUUCAUGCUUACGAAAAUAAGAAGUCCUUUUACCUUUAUACGGGCAGAGGGCCGUCCUCUCAGGCAAUGCAUGUUGGUCAUCUUAUCCCAUUUAUAUUCACAAAGUGGCUGCAAGAAGUAUUUGAUGUUCCCUUAGUUAUACAGUUAACUGAUGAUGAGAAGUACCUCUGGAAGGAUCUGACAACUGAGAAGGCAUAUGAAUAUGCUAAAGAAAAUGCAAAAGAUAUCAUUGCAUGUGGUUUUGAUGUCAAUAAAACCUUUAUCUUUUCUGAUUUAGACUACUUGGGGUCAAGUAUGGGAUUCUACAGAAACAUCGUCAAAGUUCAGAAGCAUGUUACAUUUAACCAAGUGAAAGGAAUCUUUGGCUUUACAGACAGUGAUUGCAUUGGUAAGAUCAGUUUUCCUGCUAUUCAAGCUGCUCCAUCCUUCAGUUCAUCAUUUCCACAGAUCUUCAAUGGCAAGGAAAACUUACAGUGUCUUAUUCCAUGUGCUAUUGAUCAGGACCCUUAUUUUAGAAUGACCCGAGAUGUAGCACCUAGAAUUGGAUAUCCUAAACCAGCCUUACUGCACUCAGUCUUCUUCCCAGCCUUGCAAGGAGCACAGACAAAAAUGAGUGCUAGUGACCCCAACUCCUCCAUCUUCCUCACUGAUACACCCAAACAAAUCAAGACAAAGAUUAACAAGCAUGCCUUCUCGGGAGGCAGAGAUACUAUUGAAGAGCACAGGAAGUAUGGAGGUAACUGCGAUGUCGAUGUGUCUUUUAUGUACCUGACUUUCUUCCUCGAAGAUGAUGACAGGCUUGAACAACUGAAGCAUGCAUACACAAGUGGGGAAUUGCUCACAGGGGAGCUGAAGAAGGUACUUAUUGAAACAUUGCAGCCCAUGAUAGCAGCUCAUCAAGAGAGACGGAAGCAGGUCACAGAUGAAGUGGUGAAGCAAUUCAUGACUCCACGGAAGCUAGCUUUUGAAUUUUGAAGAAAUGCUUAUGUAACUUACCAUUCGAUGAACCAAAAUUGACUGUUGUCUUCUGUUGUAUAUGAUCAUUCCCUAGUUAUGUACAGCCUGCAAUCACUGCUUUAUAAAUAUUGCUCUUAGUGAGUUACUUCCUAUGAACAUCAGAGUACAUGAAAAAUUGAAAACUGGACUCGUAGCUACUUAAAAUCAAAGUGUGUUAAUAAAGGCAUUGAAUCUGUACAAGACAGAAUUACCCAAUCUUGCAGUGAGGCAUGUCUGUCAGCACAAGACUGUAUUUUAUUGUAUUUCAUGUUGAAAAUAUAAAUAAAAAUGCCAUUUCAAUGA